AUGCUCUUGAGGGUUGCUUCUUUCGGGGGUUGUUCUGGGCUUUGGCGUUUCCUCUUUGAGCCAGGUUUCUCGUCUCUCUCUCUCUCUCUCUCUCUCUCUCUUUUUUUUUUUUUUUACCGCGCCAGUGGCUUUAAUCUGAUCCAUAUGGCCAUGCAGGAUGAAGGAACACAACCCCCUGGCUUCUUUUACCGCCGUGGCUCCAGAACACCAGGUACACCUUUGACUCUAUGUUUGUUUGGCACCUUUCCUGUGUUUCUUCUGUACGCGCAUGUGUGUGUGUGUGUGUGUGUGUGUGUGUGUGUGUGUGUGCAUGUGACGCGCACACCAAUCCAUGCACCCACACAAACACUUGUGCUGGCAUGUCAAUCCACGCGGCGCAAACGCGGCAGUCAAGCCUCAUCAGCCCACAUGGCUGCAACGCCGGAUAAACAUGGCCCCGGGCAAAAGGCCAACACGGCUAGCCCGGGUUUGUCGGCUGCACCCUCAUCCGCUGCUUCCCGAUCCCCGUCCCCAAGCGCAUCCGCAGCCACAAGAACAAACGACCUGUCCACCGGUCAGGCAUCCGCCUCCUCGGAUCAUCCCAAGCGCUCCACAGCUCAUGCCCAAACCUCUGGCCCUGUGCUGGGUCGGAUCGAGGCAAACGGCGACUCUACAACGACAGCAGCAAGCUCUCGUUCCGCAGACGUUGCCAGCGCACCGGGCUCGGUUGAGGCGAUGCGAUCCCUGCGACGCAUGCAGGACAUGGUGCAGCACGACCUGGUGGAUGGUCGCUUGAGCGCCCAGUUGCGCUUACGCGCACAAGAACGUAUCCACGAGGAUCAAAGUGAAGCCGUCUUGCGCGAACUGCGCCUAUCGCACCAGGCCAUCAUGACCCGCUUAGAUGACCUUGCAGCCCGUCAGAACGAGAUCAUCACCUUUCUAGACUACUUAUAUGUGCGCGAGGAGGGGCGAGGUCACACCUCUGGUCAAACAGAUUCGGCAACAGCUCCAGCUCGAGCACGUACCUCGAUGCGCGAUCGGGCCUUGUUGAACGCUGCCACAAAUGGCUCGGAGAAGCAACCUGCGCCCACCGAAGCAAGUGUGCAAGGGUCAACUGCCGAGCACUCGGCUCGACGACAAGCUCGCGAAUCUCAAGCCCAACCUGCCAAACGUUCUCGCCUCGCCGAGGCUGCACCUACGUCCUAG